UAUGCAGCCUCCUAGCUUGACAAUGAGUCGGAUAAUACCUAGCCUUGUAAGUUGUAGCCUUGUCCAACGAAUUGCAUUGCAUUUGCAAGAAGAGGGGCAGCACAAGCGCACAGCUCAUCAUUCUCUUCCUCUACCUGGCAAUUGGCUAUACAAGCAUAGCAGCUCAAGACACCAAGUGCGUUCAGUAGUACUGGCUGGGCUCCUAGCGUUUUCUUCAAACUUAUUUAGGGCGGACGGCAUAACUGCAAGUUUUGCAGAUUGCGCACUUUGGCAGCUAAAGUGGUAUUCAAUCGUCAUAGGCCUUUGACGCACUUAUCAUUAGUAUGGCUGCCAGCAAAGCAUUGAUUACAAUUGAAGGGAAGAAAGGAGAGGCGACUUUGAGCUCGGAUGGAGUUCUGCGCUGGCCAGGGGGUGCUUUGGACAUUCUGAAUGAGGCCUUGGGCUUUAGCACAGGGGCUACAAGUAUAACAAUAAACUCUCUGCCGCUCGCCCCUGGGGGUUGCUUCCGGGGACCUAAAAGAAGGGUCAAGAGCACAAUCCUUGAGUUUGAUGAGCAAAAGUCCCAUGACGAUUGGGGGACAACGUUGGAAGGCAUUUUUGCUAGCGCAGGCAGACCAAAGCGACUGAUCGUGAUAGUGAAUCCAAAGAGCGGCAGAGGCAAGGCCCCUGAGAUCUACAAUCAAGAUGUUGAACCUCUCCUCAAGGCGGCAGGAGUGCAAUACACCACCACAUUCACCACUCAUUGGAACCAUGCCAAGGAGAUUGCUCAAGAAGCGGAGAGGAGGUCGUGCGAUGGGAUCGUCUGUGUCAGUGGUGAUGGGAGUGCUGUGGAGGUGAUGAAUGGUCUUCUUGACCGAGCAGACUGGCAAGAGGCGAUUCAGAUUCCCAUUGGCCUCGUCCCAGCAGGAUCGGGAAACGGGCUCGCAAAGUCGUUUCUGACGCUUGCUGGCGAACCGUAUGAUCCGGCUGGGGCUGUUCUUGCCAUCAUCCUAGGCCAGAAGAAGAAGCUGGACGUAUUCACAUUGAGCCAGGGGGUGAAGGACUACCAUGGCCUCCUGUGCGUCACAUGGGGUUUCGUCUCGGAUGUCGACAUUGAGUCAGAGGCGUUCAAAUGGAUGGGGGCUGCUCGGUUCACCGUGCAGACCGUCAAACGCAUCAUCGGCUUGCGGCAAUACCACGGCACGUUCCACUACUUGCCAGCCGACGACAUGUCGCUCCCCUCUCCUUCUGGCCGAAACAUGAAAGAGUCACUGUUGGGCGGCGCCAGCACUUUUGACCACGGGGAGAGCGGAGCGGACGUGGGCGCGUGGCGGCGGGAGGAGGGACCGUUCACACUGAUCUGGGCGAACAAUACAAAGUGGGCGGCGACCGAUAUGCAGAUUGCGCCAAAAGCCGAGCUUUCGGACGGCUUCUUGGACGUGGUGAUCGUGAACGAGAUCGGACGGCUCAAGCUUCUCGACCUCUUCCUGGCCAUCGAGAGCGGCAAGCACGUCGACAAGGGGCUCAAGCUGGGGCCGGGAGUCUUUAAGUACCUCAAGGUGAAAGCCUUCCGGUUCGAACCGGGCGGCAGAAAGUCGGACGGGAAGGGCGGGCUCCUCUGCGUUGACGGGGAGGUUGUGGCCCGAGGCCCUGGGGCGGUGGGCGAGGCCUCAAACGACGUCAUGCAGUACGGACCCGUCGUAGAGUGCCAAAUACGUCAGGCGCUCGCAACGGUCUUUUGCGGCGACAAACAUUGACAGCGUGUUGGCUUUGCUGAGUAUGUUCAUACAAGGCGCUAGUACGCGUGUGAUAAGCUUACAUACAACUUUGGUCGAUCGCUUCUCCGAAACGGGGUACAUGACGAGUUCGCUGUUAUAGGGGGCUUAUUCUUAUAGGUGAAUUGAAGGCUCUGUGAUGCAAAUCACGGGCCAUAAGAAAGGCGCGACAAGUAGAUCUGCGGCUCUGGCCAAGCCACGCAAUCAGGGCUUAUGAUGCACUGCCUUUCCUAGAUGGGGCUUAUUAAUAUUUCUGAUUGAUCUGUGUUUGCCACGAUGAACCAAGACGAA